AUGAGCUUCCAACUCAACUUCAACAAUAACGAAAGUGGGAAAACGGGCUCCACGCCUGUGUUUGGCAAUGCUGAUGGAUCUAACCAAAAGAGUGAAGGAGCCAAACCUCUUUUUGGAGGAUUUGGUCAAAAGCCGGCUGGUCAGGAUAGUCAAAAUUCUGGUCAGCUUUUUGGGAAUUCUUCACAGAAAUCGACAGCAAGUUUCCCGACAUUUGGAACAAUCAACUCCAGUGGUUCAGGUGGUACUGGAUCGCAGCCAUUUGGCUCCCUGGGUAGUAAACCGGGAACGACCGGACUAGGUGCCACUAACUCGAGUUUGUUUAAUGCAACGAAGCCAUCCUCUGAUUCCACGCCAAAGCCCACAUUCUCGUUCGGUGCACAACCUGCAGCCCAGAAUACAUUUUCUUUUGGUGGUAGCAGCACAGCCGACAAAGCUGGUUCACCCUUUGGUCAAGGAAGUACAAGUCAAAACGCACCUCAAAAAGCUGUAAGUCUGACCUCGGAAUCGAAAAAAGACGAUAAGCCUGCUUUCUCGUUUGGAGCAGGUAAUCUAAACUCACAGUCUCACUCGAAUGAGACCAAAACACCCGCUUUUCAAGGCACUGGUGGUGACACUUCUUCGAAACCCUUUUCUUUUGGCACCUCAGCCGGCGAAGCUGCUUCAAAACCCUUAUUCGGAGGCUUUGGAAGCGAUGCACAAAAGCCUUCUACAGGUAAUGAUAAAAGUGCAGAAAAGCCUGCGUUCUCCUUCAAUACCAGCCAAAGCGUAGACAAGCCUGCGUUCUCUUUCGGUUCUGGCAAAACGCUAGGAACAGCCGAAAAGAAGAUUGAAGCUCCGCAGGUUGGUUCGGGUAGCAACAAUGGUGCAGCUUCGCAAGGUCUUGGCUCCGGGGUAAACUCCAACAGCAAACCCGCAUUUAACUUUGGCUCUUCCGCGUCGAUCGGCACUACUGGCGAGAAAGUUGACACCAGCAAAGAGCAGACUGAAAUACAGCAAAGCGAGGCCAAUAAGCCUGCCUUUAGUUUUGGAGCCAACAACAAGGACAGUACGAACAACAACAACAAGACCGGGGCUCUUUUCUCGAACACUGCACAACAGGAUGCGUCCAAAAACACCCCUUUAUUUGGAUCUAGCGCUGGAAAGAGUGAACCUCUGACUUUUGGAAAGAAUGAUGAGAAAUCUAUAGGCGGCAAAGAUCAAGACAAGAAGGAAUCAGCUGCCGAGCCAAGCGCUGGUGGUUUGUUUUCGACAGGGGCUGGUCCAUCAAAAUCCGCAGCGGGCUUUGGCUUUGAAACCAAAGCUACGACUAAAACCGAUUCCGGAACCAGCGCUGGCGCAAAGGCCCCAAUGUCAUUUGGAGGACUUGCAGAUAAAAAGACAGAAAAACCGGCUGUUAGUUGUUUAUUAUUUGGUAAAAGGCCAUCUGUAGAUGAGGCCAAAAAUGCCUCCUCUGAAGCAGGUGCCGCGGCCAGUGACCAGAAACCAGUUUUGGGUGGGUUCUCCCUUGGAGGAGGAGACAAGAAGGCAGCUACAACUAAACCCGCAUUUAGCUUUGGUUCGAAGAACGAAAAAGAACCCUCGAAAACUGCAUCCACUGACGAGGAUAAGGGCGUCAGGUCUUCAGGGGUAUCAUUCGGGAAUAAGGAAUCUGAGAAGGUUGACCAAAAGGGCGCCACGGCUCCUUCUUUUGCUGGAAAUCAAGAAUCACAAAAAACGGUAGAUCUUCAACCCGUCUCUUUAGACAACAAGACUCUGGAUGACCUCGUUACUAAAUGGACUUCGCAGUUAGGCGGGUCGGCCGAACAUUUUAGUGAGUACUCUCAGAAAGUGAAAGAGUGGGAUCAGGUUCUAAUGCUUGGCGGUGAGCAUAUUGGUCAGUUGUACUCUGAAAUGGUCAUGGCAGAGCAAACACAAAGUCGUGUUGAUCAAUCUCUGCAAUACAUUGAGCGCCAGCAGAGUGAAUUGGAAACUUUUCUUGAUAACUACGAGAGAAAAGCGGACUCACUUCUUUCGGGCGUCUUUUCAUCUUCAUCUGGAUCAUCUGCUAACAUCAAUGACCAAAAAAGACAGCAGGUUUACCAGACGGCCCAAGCGCUGGACGACAAUCUAACGUCUUUGUCCUCUAACUUGUCAUCUCUAAUCACAGAAAUAAACGGCGUUAGUGAGACUUUCAACAAAGCGACGAAUAUGAGCGUAACGAACGAAGACGAGAAUACUCAGCUGAUAAAGCUAUUAAAUACGCACCUAGAUGCGUUGAAGUCAUUAGAUAAUAGUUCGGAGUCAUUGGAAAGUAAGCUUAGGUCUCUUUAG